AAAAAGAUUUCGACACAGCCAUCAUGGAAGACAUCGGGCUCCCUUCCGCCGCAGAGGUCGACGAUGUAAGCAUGGUCCCUGACAACAAGCACGAACAGGAAGACGACAUGUUCUCCAAGUACAAGGCAUUGGAACGCCACCUUGAGUUCCUCGACAUCCAAGAAGGUUACAUCAAGGACGAAAUGAAAAACCUCAAACGCGAGCUCAUUCGAGCUAAGGAAGAAGUCAAGCGCAUCCAAUCUGUGCCGCUCGUCAUCGGGCAGUUCUUGGAAAUGGUCGACGCCAACUACGGCAUCGUGGGUUCAACUGCCGGGUCCAACUACUACGUCCGCAUCCUCAGUACACUGGACCGCGAGCGCUUGAAGCCGAACUCUUCCGUGGCUCUGCACCGCCAUUCGCACGCGGUCGUCGCGAUCUUGCCUCCUGAAUCGGACUCGAGCAUUCAAAUGAUGCAAAUGGAAGAACGCCCUGAUGUGUCGUACUCGGACAUCGGUGGGAUGGACAUCCAGAAGCAGGAAGUGCGCGAAGCCGUUGAGCUUCCGCUCACCCACUUCGACUUGUACAAGCAGAUUGGGAUCGAUCCUCCUCGUGGAGUGUUGAUGUACGGUCCCCCCGGCACAGGCAAGACGAUGUUGGCAAAAGCAGUUGCAAACGCCACGACUGCAUCUUUCAUCCGCGUCGUCGGGUCCGAGUUUGUGCAAAAGUACCUCGGGGAAGGGCCGCGCAUGGUGCGCGAUGUGUUUCGCCUCGCCAAGGAGAACUCGCCGUGCAUUGUGUUUAUCGACGAAGUGGACGCGAUUGCCACCAAGCGUUUCGAUGCCCAGACUGGCGCGGAUCGUGAAGUCCAGCGCAUCCUCCUCGAACUCCUGAACCAAAUGGACGGGUUUGACCAGACCACCAACGUCAAGGUCAUCAUGGCGACGAAUCGCGCUGACACGCUGGACCCGGCGCUUCUCCGACCGGGGCGUCUCGACCGCAAGAUUGAGUUCCCACUUCCCGACCGCCGCCAAAAGCGCCUCAUUUACCAAGCAUGCACGGCCAAGAUGAACCUAGGGGACGAAGUCGAUUUGGAAGACUACGUGAACCGCCCCGAGAAGAUCUCGUGCGCCGACAUUGCGUCCAUCUGCCAGGAAGCGGGCCUCCAGGCCGUGCGAAAGAACCGAUACGUGAUCUUGCCCAAGGACUUCGACAAGGGAUACAAGAAUGCGAUCAAGCGCGCCGACACCACAUUCGAAUUUUACCAUUAAAUCCAGCCCCUGUCCAUGGCGUUCGUGCAUGUUGCAUACAGGAACAAGCAAUCCUGGAGCCACCCCGGUGAUGGUGCCGACCAACUUCAAACACGUUGCUGCAGAGGCGACACCAUUCACGCCAUGCAACCCCCCUGGCCUGUGGAAGGAAGACAUGGUCGUGCACAUGUGUCAUUGGACCUCAACAGCACUCGAACGGCAUCAAUUCGGAUAGAUCUGAGCGCUGUCUUGGGUCCGCACGACUUUGAUAAAGUACGACGGCGGAAGGAUGCCCUUGUCACCGAUGCCUGCACAUAGAAGGACGUUGUUGUCGGAUCGAUAGAAUGGAAUGCCGUCGGCAAUGGCGGCGGCCACAUUCACGUAUAUCUUGAGUUGUGCCGACGUUCGCAUGCCACUGAUGACGUCAGUGGAAUACUCGCCUGCAGCAAAGUGGAUAUGAUUUCGCGCCAUACGACAAAGGCCGUUGAGUGCAAUGGACUCCCAAUGGCGAAGGUACGUUCCAUGGAUGCAGAUCAACCCGUCAAGGGCUUCCUCGAGUGUUACUGGCACGAGGAGGUCAGUAUCCUGCACCGCCUUGAUCGUGUGCCCUUGAUUCGCUCGGAUGCGCCACUUAGAUGAAUCGGGGUCGCUCGUGUCCAACGCAAAGCGCUGUUUCUUGCAGUUCCGGACGACGCGUUGAAUGUCGAGGAGGGUCGCGCCGUGGAGUUGACGCAGACCCAGCAUGGACGUCAGUGGGAUGUACCCGUCGCUUGAAAUGGGAAGGUUGAGCUCGACAGCGCCGUGGCGAAGCACCCAGGUCAUCGCUUUCGACAAACGGGUGUCGGCGGAUGGGUCGGCGGACAUGGCGCGGAGCUGUUACGGG